AUGGAGGUCACUACGAUAUUCCAAGCUUUCAAUAAUAUUUAUUUUGCAAUCUUUGCUUUGUUUUGUUUUAAACUCUUAAUCAAAAUCUCUUUAGCUUUGUUGACUCAUUUCUAUAUUGUGAAAGGGAAUAGGAAAGAGGCUGCCAGGAUAGCAGAAGAAAUCUAUGGCAUAGCCCCAGGCUCAUGGGCAGAUAGAUCUCCUCUUCAUGAAGCUGCAUUUCAAGGCCGACUUCUAUCUUUGAAAACCUUGAUGGCACAGGGAUUCAAUGUGAAUAUUGUCACAAUAGACCGUGUUUCUGCUCUUCACGAGGCAUGCCUGGGUGGCCAUGUUGCUUGUGCAAAAGUGUUACUGGAAUAUGGUGCUCGUGUCAAUGCAGUCACUGUCGAUGGGGUCACGCCUCUGUUUAACGCUUGCUGUAGUGGCAGUGCUGCUUGUGUCAACAUGCUGCUUGAACAUGGGGCCAGGCCACAAUGGGAGAAUCACUAUGCUUCACCAAUUCACGAAGCUGCGAAGAGAGGCCACAGAGAGUGUAUGGAAAUUCUUAUAGCUAAUGAUGUGGAUAUGGACCAGGAAGAUCCACAACACGGAACACCACUUUAUGUGGCCUGCAUGAAUCAGAGAACAGAUUGUGUCAAGAAACUUUUGGAAUUAGGAGCUAGUGUUGACCUGGGAAAGCGACUGGACACCCCACUUCAUGCAGCUGCUAGAAAAUCCAGUGCAGAAAUUGUCAACUUGCUAACAGACUAUGGGGCCAGCCUGACAUGUAGAAAUUCUGAAUGCAAAUGUGCUCUUGAUCUUGCAGUACCCAAUAGUUCCAUUGAACGUGCACUGUUGCUUCGGGAAGGUCCUCCUAGACUCUCUCAGCUGUGCCGGCUGUGUAUCCGAAAGUGCUUGGGUCGAUCAUGCCUUUAUGUAGUCCACAAGUUGCAUCUUCCUGAACAACUUAAAAAUUUUCUUUUGUUCCGAUAG